UCAAACAGGCACGCGUUCCUCCGCUCAUCAUCGCCGACAUGAAGCUCUGCCUCACUGCUCUCCUCAUCAUCCUCGUCACCCUCUUGCACCCCGCUGAGUACGCGACGGCAAACAGCAUAUGUCCACGGGAGAAUUGCCUGGAUCCGUGGAAAUGCGACGACUCGGUGGUCGGUGGGACGUGUCCACAAUCGAGUGACACGUGUUGCAGCGUGGUGAAAUCGGAACAGAGGACCCACUGCCGGCACUUCGGAGGUGAAUGCAUGGAUUGGUGCAACGAGGGUCUGCAGCAAACGGUGUUGGACUGUCCAGCUGACAAGGUGUGCUGCACGUUAGUUUAAUCGGCGAGGAGGGUAAAAACGGGCAGCGACAAAAGGCCUGUCCACCGUCUGGAUCGUAGCGUUAAUGUAAGCGAUUAGCCUCGACAUCAGCUGCGGAUGCCGAUAUCACGCGACGCGACGCAUCUGUGCUCGUAGCACGGUAGAAAACCGACCUAAUCGCUUUCGCAAUUGCAACGGUAAACGGCUGACGUGCGGGCAUAGCCCGUAUGGCGGAUGAAAGAUCGCGCGAGCCGCGUGAUAAUUGCGAAUACGCGACGACCUGUCGCAGAUGUGGCACUCGUCCGCGUGAAAUUAGCGCGAAUGCGAAAACGUUGCCCCUCACGAUAGUCUGCGUGGCCACUGUGCGGCCGGGCAGUGUAACGAAUGUAACGCGUGUAAUUGCACGCUCACGAGCAGGAGAAAUGUUUGUAAUAAAGUACGCGUGUUCGACAGAUGACCGAUGCGAAAUUUCAUUCCGCUCCGCAACCUUUACAGCUUGUCGUCCAGUCAUCGUCCAGACGUUUGACGAGGUUCGUCGAUGAUUAUACGAAGCACUAUCGAAAUUAGAACACCGGGGAUACUCGGAGACUUUGGGAUUUCUUUAUGACAAAAAUAUACGUAGGAUAUAUUAGUGUUUAUGAAUCAUAGCUGUAAAAGAGGAAUUACAAUUUGCGUAUCGCGUUUGCGUUGCGACACUGGUUCAGUCACUGCCCCUAAAAUUGUAAUUCUUAAAUUCCAGCUGAGAGAAAUUGUGGGAAAGUUCUGCAUUCCGAUGGCAGUGCCUUUUGAUCUCAAAAACCAGUUCACAUUUUCUCGUACACAGUCCUAGCUCUCAUAAUUUCUCUUUUGCAACUGUGUCCCUUGACCCCUUGCACUAUGCUGAAACUCCGAAGAAGCCCACCCCAGUUCAGUUCAGUCACUGCCCCCAAAAUUGUAGGAGUUCUCAAAUUCCAGCUGAGAGAAAUUGUGGGAAAGUUCUGCAUUCCGAUGGCAGUGCCUUUUGAUCUCAAAAACCAGUUCACAUUUUCUCGUACACAGUCCUAGCUCUCAUAAUUUCUCUUUUGCAACUGUGUCCCUUGACCCCUUGCACUACGCCGAAACUUGGAAAAAGCCGUACCAAACCCGUGUGCCUAAAUGGUCGGGGAAGGAGCCGAACAGCGGAGCCCGAGUGUCGGAAUUUUAAACGCGAUAUCUUACGACUGAGUGCGAGAUAGCCGUGAGUCCAUUCGAGAUAUUCAUACUUGGUCCGAGAUUAAUACCACGAGUCAGACUCGAGAUAUUCAUGUUU